AUGCCUUCUAACAGGCUAUUACGAGGCCUUGGGCCUCUAGUUUCAAAAACAACUCGCCCAGCUAAGACAUCAACAGCCUGCUUUCGGCUUCAGCAAACCGCAGCUGCCGUAAGACAAGCACACACUGUCGCCGGCUCCUUCCCGGCCGCCGCACGUCUCCGUCCGCGACUGCAACCGACGCACCGUCAUUGGGACUUCCUAUCAGGGUCCCGGCGCACCAUCUUCAUCCAAACGGAGAACACGCCAAACCCCGAUGCCCUCAAGUUCCUGCCCAACUACCGGGUUCUUCCCGAAGGCAUAUCCUCGCCCUUCAUAGAGUAUCUCUCGCCGCGCUCAACCAUUUCGCCGCCCUACCCGUCGCCGCUCGCCGCGCAGCUCAUGAACAUCGACGGAGUCACCUCGGUCUUUUACGGUACCGAUUUCAUCACCGUGACCAAAGCCUCCGACGCCAACUGGGCACACAUUCGGCCCGAGGUGUUCUCACUUAUCACCGAGGCCAUCACGUCCGGGCAGCCCAUAGUCAACGUGUCGGAGCGUGGGGCGGCGGGCAAGGAAGGCGGCGCUGCGGCGGCGGGUGCCGAGGACGGGCAGGAAAUGCCCGAGGAGGACAGUCUUAGCUACAACGAGAACGACAGUGAGGUGGUCGGGAUGAUUAAGGAGCUGCUUGAGACGCGGAUCCGGCCAGCUAUCCAGGAAGACGGCGGCGACAUUGAGUUUCGCGGCUUUGAGAACGGCUACGUGCUGUUGAAGCUGCGUGGCGCAUGCCGGACGUGCGACUCCAGCACUGUGACGCUCAAAAAUGGGAUUGAGGGCAUGUUGAUGCAUUACAUUGAGGAAGUCAAAGGCGUUCAUCAGGUCAUGGAUAAGGAAGAGGAGAUUGCUAUGCAAGAGUUUGCCAAGUUCGAGGAGAAGCUCAAGGCGCAGAAGGGCUCGGUUCCCCCUUCGACCGUGGGCAAGGAUUCGCUCGAUUCUGUUCCUGGCUAA